AUGGCGGCAGCAGUUAGCGCGUGGGCGAAGCCAGGCGCGUGGGCUCUUGACGCUGAGGAGAACGAGUCGGAGCUCCUCAAGCAGCACCAGGAGGACGACGCGGCCGCCGGCGCCGGCGCGGAUUUCCCGUCGCUCAGCGCCGCCAAGACGAAGAAGAAGAAGAAGCAGCAGGCGUUGUCCCUCCAGGAAUUCUUCAAGCCGGAGGCCGCCCAGGGUAAGGGCCUGACGCAGGACGAGCUCCUGGCCCUCCCCACCGGCCCCCGCCAGCGGACGGCCGAGGAGCUCGAUCGGGGGAAGCUCGGCGGCGGAUUCAGGAACUACGGCGGCGGGAUCAGGGACGAGCAGCCCCGCCGAGGGGGAGGCUUUAACCGCGAGCCCAGCCGCGAAUUCACGCCGUCUAGGGCGGAUGAGACCGACAAUUGGGCGACCGGGAAGAGAUCGCCGGUUGGAUUUGGCGAGAGAAGGGAGAGGGGAGAAAGAGGUGGAUUUUUCGGUGAUUCACAGUCCCGGGCGGACGAGGUCGACAAUUGGGCUUCGAAGAAGAGCUUCGUGCCGUCGGAGCCCAGGAGGCAUGAGAAAAGAGGUGGGUUUGGUUUGGAAUCGGGCAACGGUGGCUCAGAUUCGGACAAUUGGCUGAAAAGGAAGGAAGAGGAGAGGCCGAGAGUCGGAGGUUCUUUCGAUAGCUUGAGGGAUAGAAGAGGGGGUUCUGAUGCAGACUCGGAGACUUGGGGGAGGAAAAGAGAUGAAUCGGGUGUGGGUUUUGGCAGUGGCCGGCCCAAAUUGAAUUUGCAGCCGAGGACUUUGCCGGUAGGUGAAGGGCAGAAAGAUGAGUUUUUGGGCUCGGCUAAGCCCAAGUCCAGCAACCCGUUUGGGGCGGCCCGGCCCAGGGAGGAAGUGUUGAAGGAGAAGGGCCAGGAUUGGAAGGAGAUUGAGGAGAAACUCGAGUCCAUGAAGGUGAAGGAGGCUGCCCCUGUGGGCCCAAAGAGGAGCUUUUGGAGCGGGAAUGGGAGGGAAAGGCCGCAUGUGGAGGAGAAGAAUGCGUGGAGGAAGCCAGAAUCUAAUGGUUCUCAUCCACAGAGUGCUGGUGAAUCUGAAAAUGGAUCGGCUGUGAAUACUGUAAACGGGUCUGCCAUUAACACUGAAAAUGGACAUGUUGAAGAGGUUGAGGCGAAAGACACACAAGUGUAA